AUGGAGACCAGACACUCUUGCAGCAGCAAUUCACGAACUGGGAGCGAGGCCCAGAUACGCUUAUGUCCUGAAAAGUUUGAUGAUAUCUCAACCGAAGAGGAUCGAUUACCUCCGGUGGAUGGAGGGAUCCAAGCAUGGAUGUUUUUGGCAGCAUGUGUUAUGCUUGAGGCUCUUAUAUGGGGCUUCGCCUUUGGUUUUGGUGUGUUUGAGAAGUACUACCGAGAGCUUGAAGAGUUUCAGGGCUCUAGCAUGGUAGCUGUUAUUGGAACAUGUGCUACGGGAAUUUCCUAUUUGAGCUGUCCAGCUGUGAUCAUUGCAAUGAUUCUUAUGCCCAAAAUGGGGCGAUGGUUCUCCAUUAUAGGGCUAACAAUCAUGUGCUUUUCCCUAGCCAUGGGGUCAUUCUCAACAAACGUUACCCAUCUGGUUCUCUCACAAGGUGUCGGAUUUGGCAUCGGAGGCUGUAUCGCAUACAGCCCUUCAAUUCUCUACAUGAGUGAGUGGUUCGUCAAACGAAGAGGACUUGCAUUUGGCAUAGUCUGGGCUGGGUCAGGGGUAUCCGGCCUGGCCUUUCCAAUUGGCGUGGAAAAACUCCUGUCAAGCUUUGGAUAUCAAACUACUUUGAGAGUCAUCUCCAUUCUCGCAUUUGUUCUUGCCGCUCCGCUGUUGUACUUCCACAAACCACGUCUGCCAGUGUCAAGAACAAUCGGCUACCAUCGUCUCAACUUCCGAUUCCUUUUCAACAAGGUUUUUGUCAUCUAUCAGAUUGGCAACAUCAUGGAAGCACUGGGAUUUUUCCUACCGGGCAUAUAUCUCCCAACCUAUGCCCGCAGUAUUGGAGGCUCUAAUUUUAUAUCCUCACUUACGGUGAUGCUGCUGAAUCUCGCAUCUGUGUUCGGCAGCGUAGGCAUGGGUCAUCUGGCAGAUCGAUACCAUGUAAUCACCUGCAUUACGAUCUCCACAGUCGGUAGCACGCUGGCUGUGUUAUUUCUCUGGGGAUUUUCCUCCACAAUUCCGACUUUGUUGGUCUUUAGUGUGGCAUAUGGACUAUUUGCAGGAUGUUUCUCGGCUACGUGGGCAGGAAUCACCAAUGAAGUUCAACGGGUCGAUCCAAAAGCCGAUGCAACCGUCAUAUUUUCGAUAAUUGCCCUUGGAAGAGGGGUUGGAAAUGUCGUUAGCGGUCCUUUUAGUGAAGCUUUGAUUCGAACAGAUCCCUGGAAAGGUGUGCUCAUAGGGGGAUAUGGCAGUGGAUAUGGCCUUGUUAUCUUGUGUACCGGACUCAGCACUUUACUGAGUGGGAUAUGUAUAGUUGCGCAUCACAUGAAAUUUAUAUAG